GCUCUGAAGGAAUGGGUAUUGGGCAAGUGACUGAAGUGAGUGAGGGUGCAGAACAGCACAAGCACAAGCAGCGGAACUUGAGCCGAGCGAAGAAGAAAGUGAGUGUGAGUGAUGGCACUGUUGCUCCGAUCACUGCCUGCGAAGGCUCUAAAAGCACCAUUCAAUCUCAAAUCCACGCUAAUUCGCCGCGGCGUCGGCUUCCAAUCCUUAACCACAAGAGCAUUCUCCUCCGCCGCCGUAUCACCGCCUUCGAAGGCCAUCGUGUACGAUUCGCACGGCCAACCCGACGCCGUGACGAAACUGGUGGAAGUUGCACCCGUCGAGGUGAAGGACAACGAUGUCUGCGUCAAGAUGCUCGCCGCUCCUAUCAACCCUUCCGACAUCAACAGGAUACAAGGCGUCUAUCCCGUCCGGCCUGAACUGCCAGCUGUCGGCGGCUACGAAGGCGUUGGAGAGGUUCUCUCCGUCGGCUCCGCCGUCACCUCUUUCGCUCCUGGUGACUUGGUCAUUCCCUCUCCACCGUCCUUCGGGACAUGGCAGACAUACAUUGUGAAGAAUCAGAGUGUGUGGCACAAAGUAGACAAGGGUGUGCCUUUGGAAUAUGCUGCUACCAUUACUGUCAAUCCCCUUACUGCUUUCCUCAUGCUUGAACACUGCAUUUCUUUGAACUCAGGGGAUGCUAUUGUGCAGAAUGGAGCUACCAGCAUGGUUGGCCAGUGUGUCAUUCAGCUUGCAAAAUCUCGUGGCAUUCACAACAUCAAUAUUAUACGGGACAGGCCUGGGGUUGAUGAAGUCAAAGAAAGACUAAAGGAUUUGGGUGCUGAUGAAGUUUUUACUGAGAAAGAACUGGAAGUGAAGAAUGUCAAGAGUCUCCUGGGUGGUAUACCUGAACCUGCACUGGGGUUUAACUGUGUUGGUGGCAAUGCUGCUUCUCUGGUUCUCAAAUUUUUGAGGCAGGGAGGAACUAUGGUGACAUAUGGUGGAAUGUCCCUAAAACCUGUCACAGUGUCAACCUCAUCCUUCAUAUUUAAGGAUCUUUCCUUGAGGGGAUUCUGGCUGCAGAAGUGGCUGAGCACAGAGAAAGCUGAAGAGAGCAGAGGAAUGAUAGACAAGCUUUUGGGUCUUGUACAAGACGGGAAAUUAAAAUACAAGAUGGAAUUGACUCCCUUUAACGAUUUCAAUACAGCAUUGGAUAAAGCUCUAGGAAAACUUGGGAGCCAACCAAAGCAAGUGAUCAAGUUCUAAAAUUGUGGGAUCAGAUUUAAGGCGUUUGUGUGUUGGUAUUAUAUCUUUUUGUGGGAGAGUGAGCUCUGUAUUUUAGUUAGCAUUUCGAUCUCACUGUUAAGUAUCACAUGAUGAAGAAUCCCAUUUGUACAGUUUACAAAUACGAAUACCGAGUGACCUAUAAAUAAAAUUCAUUUUAGAAUAUGCAGAGUAAUGAAUCUGUUUGUUGGAAAA